AUGUCCGAAGUCAACGGGUCGUCUGGGUGGAGGGGAGAGUUCAGGGACGACGAGGAAGUCGUCGGAAAAGCUAAUAAUGGGUACAGCUACAGCUCUCCCGGAGGAGCUGCUGCGGCGGACUGGAGGUUUCAGGCGGCCGAGUUCGCCAAAGGGGCGGCGGAGAUGAGCGUGGAGUUUGGGAAAGGCGUGAGGGAUGUGGUGAGGCAGAGUAUAUUGAGGGACGAUUCGGUAAUUGUGAGGAAGUUCAAGGGCCCCUGCGUGAAGAUUUUGGGGAAAUUGAGGUUUAUGAAUGAGUAUCUGCCGGAGGACCGUGAUCCGGUUCAGGCUUGGGCCGUAAUUGCUUCUGUCUGGAUCUUUGUUCUAGCAGUUUUAAUUGUGAAUAUUAGUCAGCCCGUAACAAAUCCAUUGGUUCGAAAGAUGAAGGUGCAUCCUACUAGUGCUAGCCUUAUACUGCUUCCAGAUGGAAGACGAUUAGCUUAUCAAGAGCAAGGUGUCCCGCCUGAUCAAGCGAGAUAUUCAAUUGUUGCUCCCCAUUCUUUUCUUUCUUCUCGUCUUGCAGGGAUACCUGGCUUGAAAGCUACUUUACUACAAAGUUUCGGUGUUCGAUUCGUGACUUAUGAUCUACCGGGUUUUGGAGAAAGUGAUGCUCAUCCUCAUAGGGACCUCGAGUCUUCGGCUUUGGAUAUGUUACAUUUGUCGUAUGCUGUGAAUAUUACAGACAAGUUUUGGGUUUUGGGAUAUGCAGAAGGAAGCAAGCACGCUUGGGCUGCUCUUCAUUACAUUCCUGAUAGGAUUGCCGGUGCUAUAAUGUUUGCGCCAAUGGUGAAUCCGUAUGAACCGAGAUUGACCAAAGAAGAAAGACGAAGAAUCUGGGGGACUUGGGCAGUAAAGAGAAAGCUGAUGUACUUUUUAGCUCGGAAGUUUCACAGAUUUCUUCCGUAUUUCUAUAGGAGAAGUUUCCUUUCUGGAAAUCAUGGCCCGAUAGAUCAGCAGCUAUACCUCUCACUUGGGAAAAAGGAUAGAGCCGUUGUAGAGACCAGAAUUUUCAAAGACUUCUGGGAGAGAGAUGUCGAAGAAUCUGUUCGGCAAGAGAACGUGAAGCCGUUUGUUGAAGAAGCCAUUCUACAAAUCUCGAAUUGGGGUUUCAGCUUAGCAGAACUCAAUAUGCAGAGUAAAAAUAAGGGCAGUAGCAUUCUCGAUUGGCUUAAAUCAGUGUACAGACCCACAGAAAAACGACUCGGCGGGUUACUUGGCCCGAUACACAUAUGGCAGGGAGCCGAAGAUCGAGUCGUGCCUCCAUCAAUGAGCGACUUUGUGCAGCGAGUCUUGCCAGAUGUCAUGCUGCAUAAGCUCACGUACGAGGGCCACUUCACAUACUUUUACUUUUGCGACGAAUGCCACCGGCAAAUUUUUGGCGUAGUUUUUGGGAACCCCCAAGGACCUCUUGUACCUAUGGUGGGCCCCACUCCAGUUGAAGAAAACGAUGGAAGUGAAGAGAAAGCCGAAGUGAUAGUCUCAAGUGGAUGUCAAUGUGAUGCAGCAAAGGAAGAAGAGAAUGUGUCUACUUGCAGCAUGAUAAAUAUGUUGUGA